CCAAGACUAUCCUACUUCUCUAUUUAUUCAUUUCUCCUAAACCCUAUGCCUAUUAAGCUUUCCAAGUACCCCUCCAUUUUCCUCAUUUACGUUCUUUUAUAUUCCCUGUAAGCCAAAAUUCUGUUUCUCCAUAUGCCCAAUAUCAGUUUUUGUUGAAUACCCAUCUUACAGGAAGAGAUCAAAAUGUCCCUGGAACUUGGUUUUCUGGCGCUUCGAUCUCCUUUGUUGAGCUUCGAAGCAUUUCUCUGGGCUGUUCUUUUGGUGGGAACCGUUGCCUUUUGGUUUUCUCCUGGGGGGAUUGCAUGGGCUCGCUUCAGGUCUAAGGCCAGUUUUGCAAUCCCUGGUCCUCUGGGCUUCCCAUUCCUCGGCUUGCUCACUGUAUUCACUGGCUCCACCCCUCAUCGAGCCCUGUCUAAACUGGCUAAAACCCUUAACGCAGUGAAGUUGAUGGCUUUCUCUGUGGGAUGCACUCGGUUUGUCAUUUCCAGUGACCCUGAAACUGCAAGGGAUAUUCUCAACAACUCAGCUUUUGCUGAUAGGCCCGUGAAGGAGUCUGCCUACGAGCUUUUGUUUCACAGAGCAAUGGGGUUUGCUCCGUAUGGUGAUUACUGGAGGGAUUUGAGACGAAUCUCAGCCACCCAUUUAUUCAGUCCCAAGAGGAUCGCUGGCUUCGAAGGAUUAAGGCGUGAGAUUGGUAUCAAAAUGGGGGAGGAGAUAAAGUGUUCGAUGGAAUCAAAAGGUGAGGUUUUCAUAAGGAGGGUACUUCAUUUGGGAUCGUUGAGCUCAGUGAUGGCAACCGUCUUUGGUAAAAGAUACGACUUUGAGAACCCUGGAUUAGAAGGGCUACAACUUGAGGAGCUAGUGAGUGAAGGGUACGAGUUGUUGGGGAUAUUCAAUUGGAGCGAUCAUUUCCCUCUUCUUGGCUUGCUUGAUUUCCAAGGAGUGAGGAAAAGAUGUAGGAUUUUGGCUUCGAAAGUUAAUGUUUUUGUCAGUAAUAUCAUCGAAGAACAUGCAUUAAAAAGGGUUAAUGGUGGCUUGGAAGAUGAUGGCAAUAAAGUUGGGGACUUCGUUGAUGUAUUGCUUGAUUUAGAAAAACAUGAAAAACUCAAUAACUCUGAUAUGAUUGCUGUUUUAUGGGAGAUGAUCUUCAGGGGGACUGAUACGGUGGCAAUCUUGCUAGAAUGGAUCCUAGCGAGGAUCGUUUUACACCCAGAAAUCCAAGCCAAGGCUCAGGCCGAGAUCGAUGCUGUUGUUGAAGGAUCCAAGCAGGUGUCAGAUUCUGACAUUCAUAACAUGCCUUACCUUCAAGCCAUUGUGAAGGAGACUCUUCGGGUGCACCCACCGGGACCUCUUCUUUCAUGGGCUCGCCUUGCAAUCCACGACGUUCACGUUGGCGAUCUUUUGGUUCCAGCAGGCACCACAGCAAUGGUGAACAUGUGGGCAAUCACUCAUAACGAAGACGUUUGGGAAGAUGCUGUAAAAUUCAGACCGGAGCGGUUCAUGGAAGAAGAAGUGAGUGUUAUGGGGUCUGAUCUGAGGGUGGCUCCCUUUGGGUCAGGUAGGAGGGUGUGCCCGGGGAAAGCCAUGGGUCUGGCGACGGUUCAUCUAUGGUUGGUUCAGUUACUUAAAGGAUUCAAAUGGGUUCCUUGUGAGGAUGGAGAAGUGGACUUGACUGAACAUUUGAAACUCUCCAUGGAAAUGAAGAAGCCUUUGGUUUGCAAGGCCAUACCAAGGCCUUGUUGAAACUCUCUUCUGGUGCAUGCCUUGGAUUGGACUUUGGCAAAUUCUAAGGAUUUCCUCUAGUUUCAUUUAGGUCCUUUUUUAGGGUUUUAUUUUAGCCAUAAUAUUAUAUUGGGUAACUAUAUUAUAGUUACCCAACAAUCAAAACUUUUUCAUUUUAGGCUUUUAAAAUAAUCAAUUUGCAAUUUAGGCGCGCACUUUACACAA